AUGGGGAAUUGUUCUCUCAAAGGGGUCAAUGCUGAGUGUAGAAACUCCAUCAGGGUUUUAACAGAUGGUGGUGAAAUCAUUGAUGUUAAAGGCCCUAAACUUGCCCGAGAUAUUGUAAACGAUUUUCCGGGGUACGUUAUUUGUAAAAGAGAUCAAGCUCAAGCUUCAAUGUUUCCAUUGAAUGAAGGUGAGUGGUUGGUUAGUGGGGGAUUUUAUUAUCUUCUUCCAUUAGCCAAAGUUGGGGCACCAAAGAUGUCGAUGGCAGCAGCUGAUUUUGUUGAGAAUUUGUCAAGUGGGUCGGCUAUGGAGGUGUUGCCAUGGAAGAAGAAUGGGGUUUGGAAAGUGAAACUGGUGAUUAAUAGUAGCCGGCUGGAGGAUAUUUUGUCGGAGCAAGUUAACACUGAGGCUUUGAUUGAGAAGAUGAGAAUGGCGGCUGCUACUGCUACGCCGAAACGGAGCAAGGGUUCUAGGCUGGCGGUGGGGUGCAAGCCAGCCUAUAGCAAAGCAUCGUAA